AAGAGAUUGAAAAGACCUCAUGACAAACUCAACUCUUAGUCGUUAAAUGUUUUGGCUCUGGGAAUAUUCAGCCAGAUAGCGACGCCACCACAAAGCUGCACCAUGGGGCAGUUUUCCUUUGUAUUAAUGUUCCUACUUGAUGUCCUGGUGCGUUUGGGUACCGGUCAACAACAUUUACGCGCACGUGUCGAACCUUGGAGACACCGGAUUCAGUGGGAGAAUAACGGUCAGCUGUACAGUCUGCUGAGCACGGGGACUCAGUACCGUCCCCCUGCACAGUCCAGAAGACGCACUCAACUUUUAUUAACAACCAAGAACAGUUUUAACCGAGUUAACCACCUUGUUGCACCCAGUAGACCCGGCAGAGUCAGAUCUGGAGAACCCGAGGACGCAGUCAGGGUUCAUUCUCUACAAAACGACCACGGUCUAAAUGAUGCAGCUGUUCUUGUUCCUGAUGCUGGUCAGUACUUUGUCGUUUCUGGACAUCCUGGGGCACCCGGUCAGGCUCCUCAGCGAACGGCAAAUGCAGGAGGAGAGACUGAGGCUUUUGGAUACCGUUCACAUCGCGCUGCGUCAAACAGCAACGCUGCGUCCGUGUAUGAGUUCUCUGGUAGCGGAGUCCCGCGAGGUGGCCGCAGUGCAGCUGGGGAUGAUGCCGGUGCUCAUCAGGCCGCUGCGCCACCGAUUAGAUCAACAGAUUUUACGCACAGCCGAGGUGCAGGGAUUAGACCCGAGAGCUCGGAUUUAACUGCCCGAUCACCUGCCACAUCUGGACCGGUCACCAUGGCCGAGGAGGACAGUGCGGACGCACGACGCAUGUCUCAGCAGAGCAGACUGGUUUUCUCGGGUGAUGCUCGCACUGCGCACGGAAGUUCAGCGGAGUCAAAUAUAUUUUCUCCCACAGCGCCGUCCGGCAACGCUGUAGACGUAGAAAUACGCUUUCCUCGUGCGAGGCCAGAGCAAACACGGACUACAGAUGUGAGUGACCCGCGAGAUCCACACAGUAUUCAUCACAGAAACUCGGUGUUCUACAACGUUUAUCCACCAGACAGACUGAACAGGGGUCCUGCGCGCACUCCACCUGGAACCGGCGGCUAUGGCACCAGAUUAUUCCACAAUGGUCUGCCAGACCUGGUUCCUGAUCCUUACUACAUCCAGGCGGCCUCUUACAUCCAAAGAGUGCAGAUGUAUGCACUUCGCUGUGCUGCUGAAGAGAACUGUCUAUCCAGGUCUGCGUAUCAUUCGAGUGUGAGGGACCUUGACUACAGAGUACUGCUGCGGUUCCCACAGCGAGUGAAGAACCAAGGAACAGCAGACUUCCUCCCAGUGAGGCCCAGACAUGAGUGGGAAUGGCACAGCUGUCACCAGCAUUACCACAGCAUGGAGGCCUUUAGCAACUACGACCUGCUGGACGUCUCCACUGGUCAGAAGGUGGCUGAGGGACACAAGGCCAGUUUCUGUCUGGAGGACACGUCAUGUGACCCGGGAACAAGACGCCGCUUUGCCUGCACUGCUCACACACAGGGGCUCGGUCCUGGUUGCUAUGAUACAUAUCAUGCAAACAUUGACUGCCAGUGGAUUGAUAUCACGGAUGUACCACCAGGAAACUACAUACUGAAGGUGACAGUAAAUCCCUCUCAGCUCGUCCAGGAGUCAGAUUUUUCCAACAAUGAGGUUCGCUGUGACAUCACAUACACAGGAACCCACGUCCAGGCAAGAAACUGCAGGAUCACUGGAAGCUGACCUGACUGAAGACUGAACACUUUCCCCUCACAGAAAUACAUAUUUCUUAUAUUUAAUACCGUCUUGUUGCUCUUGGUAUAAAGUUGCUGCUCAGCUGUGCAGCUGUUUGCACAUGUUUGUAUUUAUGGCAUAAUAUUUUGUAG